CUCAAAUAAAGGCAACAUAAUUAAUAAAUAAUUAUGAUAAUGAACAUUUUAAAUUUUAUUUGCAUAUAAGAUUGAACUCAUGAGUGCCGAUAUCAUGUUUAAGAGUGCUCUCCAUGGUAAUAUGGGAGCAUUCAUGAUCCUCCUUUCCUUGGAGCCCCUCCUCUCCUUCUUCUUCCUUCUCAUCCUUUUCUACACGGCACUGGUAGAAUUCCGGCGACGGAAUAAAUUCUCCGGCACAGGUCCGGCUACCUAUCCCCUCAUCGGAUGUCUCAUAUCCUUCUACAAGAACAAGCACCGUUUGCUAGAUUGGUACACCGAGUUACUUGGUCAGUCCCCCACCAACACCAUAGUGGUUCAAAGGCUUGGUGCACGAAGAACCAUUGUCACAGCAAACCCACAAAAUGUUGAGUACAUACUCAAGACAAACUUCAACAACUUCCCCAAAGGCAAGCCCUUCACUGAGAUCCUUGGUGAUUUCCUUGGCCAAGGGAUUUUCAACGUGGACGGAGAGCUGUGGCUUACACAGCGCAGAUUUGUGAGCCAUGAGUUCUCUACCAAGUCCCUGAGGGAGUUUGUCAUGCACACGUUGGAGAGGGAAGUGUGUGAGAGGCUUUUGCCGGUGCUGGAGGCGCUCUCUGAUGAGAACAAGGUGGUUGACUUGCAGGAAUUGCUAGGGAGGUUCUCAUUCAAUGUGAUCUGCAAGUUCACACUGGGAACUAAUAGGUGUUGCUUGGACCCUUGUGUCCCUACUUGUUCCCUUGCAAGGGCUUUUGAUGUGGCUGCAGAGGUGUCAGCGAGGCGUGGGGCAGCACCUUUGUUCAUGAUCUGGAGGGUGAAGAGAUGGCUUGGUGCUGGAUCUGAAGGAUUGCUUAGUAAAGCUGUUGGGGAGGUUCAGACCCAUGUGAUGAGAGUGAUUCAAGAGAGGAAGAAGAGAGAGGAGAGUGGUGCUGAAGAUCUCUUGUCAAGGCUUUUAUGUGCAGGUCAUGAGGAGGAGUUGAUCAAAGACAUGGUGAUAAGUUUCAUUAUGGCAGGGAGGGACACUACUUCAGCAGCUAUGACAUGGUUCUUUUGGAUACUGUCACAUUAUUCCCACAUGGAGAAGCAGAUAGUGGAAGAGGCAAAAGGGGUGUUGGAUUACGAAUCGGUGAAGAAUUUGAGUUUCUUGAAGGCAUGUUUGUGCGAGUCCAUGAGGUUGUAUCCCCCAGUGGCAUGGGACUCCAAGCAUGCCAGUGGUGAUGAUAUGUUGCCAGAUGGAACUGUGGUGAAGGCAGGAGAUAGGGUCACAUAUUUUCCCUAUGGAAUGGGGAGAAUGGAAACCUUGUGGGGGAAGGACUGCUUUGAAUUUAGACCAGAUCGAUGGUUUGUGGAACCAGGAAACAGUGAGGGAAUAAUGUUGAAUGAGGUUUCUCCUUUCUUGUUUCCAGUUUUUCAGGCUGGUCCAAGGGUGUGUCUUGGCAAAGAAAUGGCCUUCAUUCAAAUGAAGUAUGUGGUGGCUUCAAUUCUAACCCGAUUCAAGUUUACGGUUGUUGGUCCAGAGAGUCCUAUAUUCGUGCCACUUCUCACGGCACACAUGGCUGGUGGCCUAAGAGUAUUGGUUUGCAAAAGGGAAAAAAACUGAGUGAUUGACUCGGAUGAUAUUUUAAUGCAGAUACUUCAUUAUGUAUUACCUUUUCUCUUCUCACAUUGAGAACUCAUUGAAUAAGGGAAAAAAUAUACUUCCUACUUCCCUCAUCAAAAUAAGUUUAACUUUACUUUUACCUUAUUUUUCUUUUCAAAAACUGUAUAGCAAAUACUGAAAGUAAUGAAAUCCUAUUUUUGUUUACUUUACUCACUACAGACAGCGCUAACUU